UCUCCCUGUAUUUCAUAUUUUGUCUUCGUUACAUCUAAUUAUUUGGAUAUGGGAUCUGCCUGUUGGGAAAGUUUCAGGCAUGGUUAUGAUGAGAAGACGUUCUUCCUCUUUCGUUGAACGAAAAUUCGCAGUCCAGGAUCGAACUAAGUCGGAUUGAACGUUGGAGCUACAGGGGUGACUUUUCCGUUGUUACCGAGUUUGUUUGCGGCUUUGAUCCGUGGCGUCAUUGUCAACACUUUUUCAAGUCAACCAGACUUCGGAAAUCCUGGUAUUAUUUCUAACUGAAAGAGUCCAUAGUCACAGUGUAAAGCUCAACAGUUUACGAAGAUUGUUUCCUUCGUUUAGGGCCAGUAGCCUCGAAGACUUGUCAGCUAUAUCCUCUGCAACCAGGCACUCGAUAUGUCGUCGAGUCUAGGAGAGAGAGAAAAUGGAAUAAUUGUUGCAGAGGCCACAAGCCUGAUCAUCCUGAAUGUGGUGUCCUUGGUCGGUAAUUUUCUCAUAUGCUGGACUGUGUAUCGCAGCAAGAGUCUCCGAACCACAACCAAUCUUUACAUCGUUGCUUUAGCUGUGGGUGAUCUCAGCUCAGCCAUAUUUGUGAUGCCAAUUUCAUCUGCGGUAUUGAUUACUGGAGACUGGCGGUUCAGUGAUUUUUAUUGUAACAUUCAGGGUUUUUUCGUCGUACUGAAUAUAUAUGUCUCACCUUGCCUAAUGGCUUUAACAGCUUUCAACCGAUACGUAAGAAUUGUGAGGACAAACAUGUACCCCAAACUUUUCUCCAUGAGGAAAAGCAAAAUUUGGAUCAUAGUUGUGUGGUGUAUUGCGAUCGCGUACAUCUUAAUACAGGUAUUCGCGGGAAACCAGGCCAUCCGAUUCGUUCCUGGCUAUGCUGUUUGUUCCACGACUCAUCUCAAAGAGACGCAAAAGAUCGUUCAUUACAGCAUUGUUAUCCCCGUUUUUGUCGUGGCUCCCAUUGUUAUCACAUCUUUCUGCUACUACAAGAUUUUCCGAACCAUUAAGCUGCAUAACAAGAAUGUAAUGCCGUCGUUACAAGCCAACAGCAAUAAUUUCUCUCGAGUGAAAAUCUCCAGGCGUGAGUUGAAGAUCAGCAUGUCCUUAUUUGUCGUGGUAAUAGUGUUUGCAUUUUGCUGGAUCCCGCUAUGGAUUUUGGCUCUACUGUUUCGCUUCAAACUCGUUAAGAGUCUUCCAAGAAACGUGGCUUUGUUCGUCAGUUUCUUAGUGUUUUUCUCUUCCACUAUAAAUCCAUUCAUUUACGCUGGUAUGAACAGGUCUUUCCGACGUGAGAUCCGUCAUAUCUGUUUGCCAGCGAGUAAGCAAGAACCAGUCUCAGAGCGAACACGACCAAGUGGAAAAACCGAUGAGGAGUUAGAUGAGCCAAACCAAACGCGUCUAAAUGAAGUGGAACUGGGAGUUAAAGCCGCCUAUAGUGAAAAUACUGAUUAGGCGAUGAACAGAAUUUUAUCCAUUGGAAAAAAAGAAUACUUCAUCUUUGAUAACGUGCUUAUAAAAAGAAUUUGUUCAUUUUCCAUCAUGUUGAUUAAUUGACCGGUCAUGCAAAAUGAACUCUACUCUGCAUUAACGCCUAUCGGAAUAAAACGGGAGAAAUGUCUUAGAGAAUGGCCGUCAUAAUUGAAUUUAAAAAAGAAAACCGAUAUUAGUCACAAAAAAUAACAAAUAGGUCAUUGCAUAUAAGGUAAACAAAAUUUAUGAAGGAUAAUAUUUCCACAAAUCAGAACUCGAGAUCUUGUGUUGCAUUGUUCAGCUGAUUUGAACUCAAACAACCAUACAAUUACUCUUUUGGAAUCAGAUCUAGCAACUCAAAAAAUUUCAAAAUCCCUUCAAUGGUUUGGUUAAUGAUAUUAGUGAGCAUAUUCAAUUUAGUCGGACAAGCGAACAUGAUGAACGUAUUUCUAAACUGCUCAGAUUUAAUAUAAGGACCAAUCAAAAUGCGAAUAGAACUCAUCACAUCACGUGCGGGUCAACCUUCAUUCUAAACCGAUGUAGCUUAUCAAUAUAAAUGAGUAUUUUACAUUGUGCACUAAAAACAUCACUAGGAAUAAAGAAACUAUUUACCCUUAAGGUUUUUUGCAUGGCAGGAGUAACUGAACCCUGACGAUCUGUUGCCAGGGUGAUUUUAGUAAGUAAGAGUUAUACUAGAUAUUAAUAACCAAGUAUUAUCUGAACAUCUGUAUUUAUCUAUAUUCAUUGUUUAUAAAUCUGAUUGGCUCCAACAUGAUUUUAAUUAUUCAGUUUACAUUUCAGUUAGGAGGUUGCCGCGAUGUUUAGUUCAUGCAAUAAACCAAAAUUAUUUAGAGAGUCCAGUACUAAUGAUAAUUUGAAAGUUCAGUCUAUUGCAAUUUCUCGAACUCGCGGGUGAAAUAUUAAGAUCGUUAAUGCAUGUAAUAACUGUUUCUUUUAUUUGUACUUUUUACGAUUUUAUCCUUAACAAUG